CCUAAUUUUUAUUGUAGAGUGAAUUUUGUACAUCCUAUUGAAAAAAUUCAUCACUGUCAAUUUCUGACAACAUGAAUAAAAAACUAAGAAGAAUGGUCUUGUUGUAAUAUCCACAGUUUGGUGGUAGUUUAUGUUUUAGAUUAUUGAAAUGAACAAUAUGCCUUUAGAACUCGUAAGAAAGUUAUUUAGGAAAUAGUGAAAUAAUUCCCCAUUUAUCAAGUCAAUCCUAUUUCAAAAUUUUAUUUGCCUAAGAAACAAGACGUUCGAUCAGUUAACAGGAUAUAUUAUGCCACGAAAUUUCAAGGACAACAAAUAUGAGAAUAGCACAUCUAAUAGGCGGAGUCACACGUUCAUGUCACCUGAAGACCAAGCCACCGGAAAGAAGUCAACAUGGUCAGAAUUGGAGAUAACAGGGAUUGUAAAGAAUCUGAGCCCUAGCCUGUUUAAGAUGACCCAUCUGACGGGGUUGCUCCUGAAAAACAACAACCUCAUAAGACUGCCAUCAGACAUAUGUCAUUUGAUUAAUUUAAGGACCUUAGACUUAUCGGGCAACAAGCUAAGAACACUACCUGCCGAGCUGGGUGAAUUGAUACAUCUCAGGGAGCUCCAGUUGUCACACAACAUGUUGCGGAUACUCCCCUACGAACUAGGAAAAUUAUUCAAUCUGAUGGUUCUUGGACUGGCGGGGAAUCCUCUGAGCAAGGAUCUGAUGAGUAUCUAUGGCGAGUCUAACGGCACUCAGAAACUCCUCACGUUCAUGCUGGACAAUUUGCAAGUGAAUGCGCCGAGGCCACCCGCACGCCCAUGGAUACCAUUGGCUAGACCCUCUGGCAAUAGGACAUGCAUCUUCACGGUGAUGUGUUACAAUGUGUUAUGUGAUAAGUAUGCCACUCGACAAAUGUACAGUUAUUGUCCCAGCUGGGCCCUAAGCUGGGAUUAUAGGAAAAAAGGAAUAUUAGCAGAGAUAAGGCACUACCAAGCGGACAUUAUCAACCUGCAAGAGGUGGAGAUGGACCAGUUCUACAAUUUUUUUUUGCCAGAAUUGAAGAGAGACGGUUAUAACGGCAUCUAUUCGCCGAAAUCAAGGGCGAAACACAUGGCGGAAAGCGAGAGGAAAUACGUAGACGGCUGCGCCAUAUUCUUCAGGACAUCCAAAUUCACACUGAUAAAGGAGCACCUGGUAGAAUUCAACCAAUUGGCAAUGGCGAAUGCGGAUGGUUUAGAACACAUGCUCAACAGGGUCAUGCCUAAAGACAACAUAGGCUUGGCAGCUCUUUUGCAAACGACAGAGAACGCUUGGGACAACGGUCUGGCGAUCCAACAACCCAUAUUGGUCUGCACGGCACAUAUCCACUGGGAUCCAGAAUUCUGUGAUGUUAAACUGAUCCAAACGAUGAUGCUCAACAAGGAGCUGAAGAGCAUACUGGAGAAUUCGGCCAAGCUGUUAAAAUCGGUCGACGGAUCGUCGGUGGCCGCUGAAAACAUACAGCUGGUCCUGUGCGGUGACUUCAACUCUCUGCCAGAUUCUGGUGUAGUUGAAUUCCUUAGUACCGGUAGGGUCUCUCAAGACCACAAGGACUUCAAAGACUUGAGCUACAAGCAAUGUCUGGAGAAGAUAAUGAGCUGUGAUAAACCCAAUGAAUUUACACAUUCCUUCAAGCUCGCGUCUGCGUACAGCGACGACAUCAUGCCCUUCACGAACUACACCUUCGAUUUCAAGGGUAUCAUCGACUACAUCUUCUACGCUAAGAACACGAUGACUCCAUUGGGUCUGCUUGGACCAUUGUCGUCCGAAUGGCUCACCCAGAAUAAAGUCAUCGGUUGCCCCCAUCCUCACGUGUACUCCGACCAUUUUCCACUGCUCGUAGAGCUUGAGAUGAUACCAACAGUUUCUCCAAUCAAUGGGAUCAUAGCACAUAGGUAGCAAUCAGAAGAAUGUGGUAACUAACCAUUGUCGCCUUUGCAUUUGCUGUACCUGUACAUCUCGCUGUUGAGAUCAUUCUCGUGUAAAUGGUACCUGAGCAGCGUCCCUUUUUCAACAACCAUCACCUCCAUUAGCUGUACCAUCGUCUUUCCUCUCUCUAUAUCUCUAACGAUUCGAGGAGUGUGACAACCAAAAUAUACACACAUUAAAUGUGUAACCUCUGAAAUUAUCCAAUAUAUUUCAUAAUUAAACUUGACAAUAGACGAAUUUAUUAGUCUUCAGUUGCUUGUAUUCUCUAUUUUAAUUUAACACAUUUGAGUAUUAAGUGUUUUUUUGAUUCUCGUUUUGAUUUGGCCAUGAAAUUUAUGAACUUAUAUGGCACGCCCUAUUUACACCGGUUAAUUGAAAUUGUUGUGUUUUUCAAAAACGAUCGCGCUGCAUUCUUUUUAAUUAAUAUUGACCGUUCACAUUUUAUACUGGACGAUCGAUUCGAACGCAAUGUACAGUUUGAUUCUAAAUGAAAUUUAACUUAUUUAGAUGAUCAUCGAGCAACCACCAAACCCUGUCUCAUUUAUAAACGUACGCACAUUUUAUUUCGAAAUUUUUUUUUAUUCCUCAGUACCAAAAAUUAUUCUCUGUUUUAAGUUGUUGGUGUACACUAUUGUAAAUUAAUUGAUGUGUCUGAGUGAUUUUACAAUAAUAAACCCUUUUAUUCGAUAAUUUUUAAUUAUAAUCUGAUAGUGAAUCUUGUGUGAAAUAGCUUCAAGAUUUCAAUGAAGAAGAAAAGAACGAGGCUAACUAAACUGAAGAAAAAUCUUUUAUAAUCCGUAAAAUCGAUAAAUUCGAUAUCGAGGUACAUGUAAUUGAUAUUGAACGUCUAAAAUAAUACUGGCAAUUAUCAAAGAUAUAACUGUUGUUAAUAUUACCAAUACUCGUGAACAUCUGUGUUAUGUUAUUAGUGAAAUAAAUUGUUGUUGUAAUUUUCUUCUUUGAUUAUAUUCGAAAUGUUGAAUCAUUUUACAUUCAAUCUACCCUAAAAAUAAUAUCUUGAUUGUUUUGAAUAUUCAGUAUUUUUUCCAAUCUCGAAGAAAAGGUUUCUUUUUUAAUAUUCAAUGGAAAACAGCCAUAAGUGUCGAAUCCUCUGUUGUUCCAUUUGUUCUUCAUUAAAGAGCUUGAAGUUCCACAUUAAUGUAAUUCUUUAAUUCUUAUUUUUUUUUCUUCAACGUUACCUGGUAAAAGUCGUGCAAUGUUAGUAAUCAAGUGCACGAUUUUAUCCGGAUAGAUACUCUACCAAUGAAAACAUUUUUUUCAUUCAUAAUAAUUCGAAUUGUCGAAAGUCAAGCAAGUUGGAUUUUCAUCGGUAGAAAAUUGAUCUUGAUGUUUCUUAUCUGUAAAAAAUGAAUGAUUUGUGUCUAUACGCCGCAACAAAUGAAGAUCUGGUUCAAUUAAUUGAUGUGAUGAAUUCGAAACUUAAUAUCGGUGUUAAAAUUAUUGUCUAAUUCGAGUACCGAUGUUUAUUCCCUUAGUUGAUUCGACUAAAAUGUUUCAAUAGAACUAAACAAUUCAAUUCUGUUUCAUCUUCAUUAUCCAUUUGAAGUAAACACACUUAAUUUAGCGUUUGACGCAAGUUUCGCCAACAAAGUUGUCAUCAUCAGGCACUUGGUUAGACUGCUAACCUCAACAUUAAUUUAAUCUAGCCUUCUAUUGGCUAGAAUUUUUACCUCCAAUACUUCAAAAAUUCAAUUAAAAAAGUAAACAAUGGAUUGUUGGUAGACGUUUAGUCAUUAUUAAGCGAAUUAUCUGUCUUUAUACACAUUUCUAAACCAUCUAUAGUAUUCAAAAACGUUUUUUACAAAAUUUUAAGUUUCACGAUUAAGUUCAUCGAUUGUCCCAAUAAAUCAUGUCCAGUUGUAAAAAUGUUAUUAUCUGUUGCUGAUUUAUUUAUAUUUUUAAAUACUUCUUAUAUCUAGUGAGUAUAUUCGUAGUAGUUUUUUCUAUGUGUACUGUUUCGCAAUCUGACCGUUUGAUUUCUUGGAUACCGGAUUUAAAUUUUAGAAGAAGUUUAUGCCUAAUUAUUUUUUACCUAUUUCAUUUGCUGUUCUAUGAGCUUAUUUUAUGUUGAUUUUCUUAAUUAAAUUUUGAAAGAUCUUCAUUUAAGAAAUUCAACAUUAAACUGAACAAUUUUCUGGUUAUACUCUUUAAAAUCAAGUAUCUAAGGAAUUUAAAGAUUGCGAAAAAAUAUGCAUAGGAUAGAAUACUAGGAAUAUUCUUACUUGAUAUGAGGGAUAAAAGAAUAAUAAAAUAGAUAAAUCUGCAAUAACUGAUCACAUUAUAAUGACUGGAUAUGCGUAUUGAAAAAUACUUCAAAAUUGUGUAUAAACACUUUUUUAAAUGCAAUAGAAAAGUGUAUACAGAGAGAUAAUUAGCAAAAUAAGGACUUAACCUCCUAUUAAUAACCCACAAUUUACUUUGUUCAAUAGAAUUAUGAAGGAUAUGCUGGUCAAAAUUGUAGACAAUAGUUAGGUUAGCUUAGGUUAGGAUUGCUGUUGGGGUUAGCACACUAAACAUUUCGCAUGUUUUUGUAAAGUAGUUAGUGACAUGUAGUUUCUAAUGGACCUCUUUGUUGUCGAAUCGUGAGUCAAAUGUAUUCUGGGACAAAGUACAAAGUGCGGUUACUUCAUUUUUCAUACAUCGAGUCAACACUGAACUCGAAUUACUUCAUAUACAUUAUCCAUAUCGAGAAAUGGUCAAAUAGUCUCUUCAAACAUGAUACAGAACCUACGCCUAAACAUUUUGAACCUAACUAUCCAAUAAUUCAUGUAUUAUUUCAAUGGUACUGUUUAUUGAUAUUUCGUUUGCUACUCACUUCUUGUUAAUUUUGUUCAGGUGACAUUAACUUUCUUAGUCAUUAGUGGUAUAUUUUAUUGUGAUCAAUUUUUGAAGAUGCAAUAAGAAGUGGAUAUCCGAGCUUUUUCUCCGAAAAAUUGCAGUCAACGAUUCAUGCAGAUAAACUUUUUUGUAAUUCAUAAGGUGUUCUUUUUAUACUUGAUCAUUUAGCAUAGUGGCAUUCAUUUUUGUGUACGAUUUAGGAAAAAAACUGAUGCAGUUGAAUUCUUCAUCACGAAUAUCGUUCAUUAGCCUCAUUUAUUUGUUAGGAAACAGUUUUAGUAAUCCUCUCGACAACAGACAAUAGUACAAAAUUUUUUAAAAUUAUCAACUUAUGAGUAUAUUCAACAUUUCCGGAAAUAAGUGGAAAAGUUGAAUAUGUCAUAGGAUCUUCAAUAAUUGUUGAGAUGAUUACGAUCUGUGAAAAUUCAAAGACUGAUAAUUCAGUUGAUUUUUCCUAGAUCUUAACUAAAUUUUAGAAAACAUCAAUUAUUAAGAUGACUGAAUGUCAUAUAAUUAUAACUUGUAUUUCAAUAUAGUUUUACUAUUCGUUAUUAAGUUAUUAAUAGCUCGAGAUUUUUGGAAAACUUCAAAAAAUUGAAGGCAUCGUGAUUUUGUUAUGAAAAAGAACUAUGAAUCCCUUGUAAAUUAAAAUCCACAAAAAAGUAUCUAUUAUAUUUUUUAUGGCUAAUUUAAAGGUUGUGCAUUUUUGGAUCCAACUACAGAGUUCAACCUAUAUGAAUUCAAGUGUAUAAUAAAGAAAAAAAUUUUAAUAUUAGUUGUAACUUUUUGGUAUUUCUCUCCGAUCUCUUAGUUAAUUUGAACAUUUUUCUAGUCAGUGCAAAUGGGGAAAAGCUGCAGUUGGAUCCAAUUUUAUAUCUGUAUGUAAACGCAAAUGACUGAUUUAAGACGAAUUGAGAAAAUAUUUUAUUCUGUAACAAAUCGGGACAAACUCUUCUCAAAAGAAUUUUCUAUUUUCAUAAGUGAUAUUUUCCUGUUUUUGAGGUUGAGACUUGUUUGAAUUUAUUUACUUAAUCAUUUGUUUAUUACUAGGAAACCACUGUAAUUUUUGAUUUUUUUUUUUUUUUGGGAAUGUACUAAGUACUUGAAUUAUCGAAAUUUAUCUUCAUAUACUCUCCAGAUCUCAAUUUUGUAAUUUUUAAGUAGUGCUUAGGUGAAGGACAAUGGUUUUAAAGUAUGUUUAAUUCCUAGUGUUCCUUGAUCGACAAAGUAUAUUAUUAUAUAGAUGAGAAAUAAAACUCUUGGACCAUAAA